GUGCCCCAGCUGACACAUCCUGUCCCUUGUCAGUUGCAGGCUCUGUCUUUUCACCCGUCGGCUGCAGGGGUGUGCAGGCUGCAAGGGUCUGGGCAUGUCUCCCCAUUUGGCCGCCUUCCUGGCCCUUGCGCUCUGCCUGGGCCAAGUGCUCCAAGCACAGAAAGGGGUCCUGCCCAGACCCUCCAUCUGGGCGGAGCCGGGCUCUGUGAUCCCCCAGGGGCAGCCCGUGACCAUCGUGUGCCAGGGACCCACUGAGGCUGAGACAUUCCGCCUGGAGAAGGAGGGACAUGCCCUACACCCAGAUGCACAGAACCCACAGCACGAGACGCAGGCCAGAUUCCUCAUCCCCGCGGCGAGUGAAGACGCUGCUGGGCUCUAUCGUUGCCUCUAUCAUAAUGGUGUCACCUGGUCUAAACGCAGUGAGUCACUGCAGCUGGAGGUGACAGGAGACCCACAGAUGCACUGGGAGGACAGUAACAGUCCCGGCCUGUCAACAGGGCAUGUUUCUAUCCUCAUUGGGAUCUCUGUGGCCUUGUUCCUUUGUGUCCUCCUCCUGGUCCUCAUCUUCCUCUAUUAUCAGCACCAGAAAAAACACAUGCCCCCCAGCAGCAAAGGUGAAGAGCAGAGGCCCCAGGAGAGGGUUAGCCCGGCCGUUGACAUCCUAGAGAGGACACCAGAUCUGGCCACAGUCGACAGACUUCCUGAAAAGGACGGGGAAAUGCUUCACACCCCAACCCCUACUGCAGGAGGCCCCCCGGACGUGACAUAUGCUGAGCUGGACCACCGGAUCCUCACACAGAGGACGGCCCAAGCCGCGUCCCCGCGGUCCAUGGAGCCCACGGCUGAGUCCAGCACAUAUGCGGCCCUUGCCAGACACUGACUCCAGGCCCAGCUGGCCUCCACUCCUAGACACACAGGAAGCCAUUCCCGCAGAUGCAUGAAGUGGCCAUUUGGAGGGCUUCCGGAUGGAAUCGUCCCUUUCUGGAAAGCCAUGCAGUCAGAUUUCCUGGAGGCAAGAACUGGCGUCAGGAGACCCCUAGUCAACAUCUAGGAGAUGCAUGAACCAUGCGGUCCCUCCUAAAAUCCACUAGGUCCUUGGAGAGAACGUGUAGCCCUUAUUUCCAAACACCCAGCUACAGACUCCAGACUCCUGGCAGUUUCCAGAGACUCCGCUAUAGUCACUUGGCUGUUUCCAGAGACCCAGCUAUGGUCUCCCAGUCACACAGGUGACUCCAGAUGUGUCCCGUGUAUCCCUAACUGCCCCCAGAGGCUCUGAUUUAAUUGUCCACUCAGCUGACUCUAAAGGCCUUCCAGAGUUCCAAAGUUGACCUUGAACCUGGACUAUACGUGGGCAGCUGAUAGCUGAGACGCCGUUUUCUGGAUUAUGCUUCUCUUUGUUCAUCAGUAAAAGUUUUCACAGGCCCGCCCUGCAGUAGCCCUGCACGGGGAGCUUGGUCCCAGUCUCUGCUCAAAGCUCAGAGCAGGAAACAAGACAAAGAAUGCAUUGGUGUUUUCUGAACUGAGUGUCCCAGGGAGGAAUGAGGGCAAUGCUGAGGAGACGUGUGCCCGAGUAAACGAGCAGAUGGUACGACCCUACCCUCCACACACACACCCGUCCACAAAUGCACACACAUACAUGCACAUGUCCACAAAUAUACCCACGCACACACGUGCACACAAACUAUACAAAUGAAUACGCACAUGCACACGCACUAAUGGACAGAUAUAUGGACCAUACGAGGGAGUUGGUGAGGCUGUGACUGCACAGAGCACUGAGGCAAAGCCUCAGGGACCCUGAGGCUUUCAGUCCACGCCGCGGAACACGGCAGCCUCGCAUUUCCCAUCCCUACUCCGGGCUCAUCCACACUGGACGCCAUGCAUUCUCCAAACACAACAGCACCAUCCAGCUCCAAGAGCUUGUCCUUCCUCUGACCUUCACUCCCUCACCCAGCUAACGCCCUUCAAGUUUGGGCUUGGGCGUCGUUCUUCCUAACGGGGUUGCAGCAACUCCUCCAUGUAAAGUGAGGGUAUCGGUUUCUCACGGCUGCUGUAACGAAUCACCACACCCUCCGUGGCUUCCGACAACACAGUUUGUUAUCUUACGGUUCUGCUUGUCCGAAGUCUGAAAUCAGUUUCUCCGGGCCUAAAAGCAAGGUGUCCGUAGAGCCGCGUUUCUUCUGGAGGCUCGAGCGGAGAAUCCAUUUGGUGACCUUUUCCAGCUUCUAGAGGCUCCUGCAUCCCUCGGUCCGUGGCCCUUCCUCCAUCCUCAGGGAGCCCUGUGGCAUCUUUAAAACCUGCUCUGGUUAGGAUUCCUGCUUCUGUGACGCCUCCUUCCCCUUCCUCUGACUCUCUUGACUCCCUCUUUUUUUUUUUUUUUUAAGAUUUUAUUUAUUUAUUUGACAGAGAGACACACAGCGAGAGAGGGAACACAGGCAGGGGGAGAGGGAGAGGGAGAAGCAGGCUUCCCGCUGAGUAGGGAGCCUGAUGCGGGGCUCGAUCCCAGGACCCUGGGACCAUGACCUGAGCUGAAGGCAGACGCUUAACGACUGAGCCACCCAGGCGCCCCUUGCCUCCCUCUUAUAAAGACCCUCGUGCUUACACUGGGACCGCCGGACAAUCCAGGAUCAUCUCCCCUCUCCAAAUCCUUAACUCGCUGACACCAAUAAGACACCGUUUGCCACGUGAGGUAAGGUAACGUGUAAGGCAACAUGCGAACGGGCUGCCUCCCACUGGUCUGUAAAAUGCUGGAUGUUUUGACGGUCUAAUUUCUGUGCGCCCAGAAUGACUCUGUGGAGCAGAACCUGCUCCACCCCUCGUAUUAGCCACCUUUCAGGCGUCUAUAAACUUGACAUCU